UUAGGAAUUAUAUUUAACAAUUAUUUGAAUGGUUAGUUCAUGGGAAAGAACAUCAUUUGGGCCACUAAGCUUGACUAACACGCUUUAAGAUAAAUCGGAAUGUUCGAUGUCAUUGAACGGAGAGCUAGACGCAAACUAUAGAACGCAACAGAACAUCAAGGAAGUAAGAGGCUGACUUAUUUUGUACGAUAAUAAGAUGGAGAACUUUCGACACGUACAUGUAGAAGAAGAUGUGUCAAGUAGCGACGAGUCUGAUCCUAAAAGGCACAUGAGUGAUAACUCUGACUCAACACCCAAGAAAAUAUCAAAAUUGAAAAAUGUUGUGUUGCUAUUGGACUGUGAUGUGCGAAAAGAAAACGGUGAAGUCUACCUACCGGACGGUACAGAAAUGGCUCGAUUAAAGAAGCCCGAACGAGAGCAAUUUAAAAAGAAUAUUAAGUUCACCAGGACCAUGACAGAAGAGAAUGUGGAGGAAGAGCUCCGCCGCCAAUUCCCGAUUUUAAGAAAUUAUGGAAGAUUAAGCUGUGCCUCAGCUGAAAAUCGUGGAACAAGACUGGAGUUCCACUACAGCCCAAGUGCAGUGUGGGAUGGAACCAAGAUUAACAAGCAUAUUAGGGGGAAUUCUGCCCUUUAUGUACUCUUUGAGAGAACUCCUGAAAGACCAGAGUCUCCACCAGUUGAUAGUUCUCUACAACAACUGCAGACACCCACGCCUAAACCAAUGGGUAAGCUCAAAUACAUGUACAUGUGUAUGUAG